CAGCCAAUGAUGUCGAACGGGCGCGGUUUGCUGUCGGAGCAGGUUUGACUUCCAACCAAAGGAAAUCGCGCCUGUGAGAGCAGAGCUGGAGAGUGAGAGGAAGAGGAAAGUUGUGCUGCUCGAGCUCUCCCGGAUUUCCACCUGACUGCUCGGGAAGCGGGAUACUGGGACAGGCGAAAUGUUGAGUUUGGGGAGCGUAGGAGCGAAGUCCACUAAACCGUCAUUCGUGUCUUAUGUUACACCCGAGGAAAUAAAAUUAGAGAAAGAACCACCAAAGAAAUUGAAACAUCCUGAUUUGCUGCCAGGUGAAGUGGAGUUCUGUAGCGCCAACCCCAUUCUCAAAUACACUCAAGAUGAUCUGUCCCAGCGGGGCGUCUUUGGCACAUUGUUCUGCACCAAUUUUCGCAUUACAUUCAUUAGUGAUGAGAAAUCACAGGAGGAGACGACCAAGACCUUUAAGAACAAACUCUAUGGAGAAAAUGACAUUCCAUUAAUGUUCGUGGAUCACAUCUAUGGUGUUUAUGAUGAAAAGAGAAAACUGAUAACAGGAGCCCUUGUGAAGAACAAAUAUCCGUCCAAAAUAAUCAUUCACUGUAAAGACCUACGAGUCUUUCAGUUCUGUCUAACAUACACCAAGGAGGAAGAUGCCAAAAAGAUCUUUCAGGGUAUUGCUCACCAUUGUUUAGAGGAGAAAUCUCUGAAGUGUGUCUUUGCUUUUUCCUAUACAGGGACACCAAGCCCAGAAAUGCAGAGGAAACGGGAGACAAUUCUGUUUGACUCACCAGAAGACUGGACCCAGGAAAUGAAACGGACAAAAGCGAACUGUAGACUAGUCACUAAAAACGAGAACUUUGAACUCUCUCAGAGAUUACCGAAGUACUUUGUCAUCCCAUCAGCACUAGGGGAUUUAUUCAGCUACCAAGGAAAGGGAUUUCCAAUUUGGUGUUGGUCUCAUUACAGCGGUUGUGCUCUCUUCAAAGCGUCUUUACCGCCUGUGACGCAGGAAGAUGGGGAUUUUCAAAAGCACUUUGACAUAAUGAUAAAUGCAGUUGCACAUAAUUACCUUUACUCCGCAAAAACAGAGGACCUCUCAGAAUCACUUCCUACUAUCCAAGACAUCCAGCAAUCAUAUAACAAGUUCAAACAAUUCUUCCUUAUCGAAAAUUCAACUGAUUUUUGGUUGUCAGACAUGAAAUGGUUCUCUUCCCUUGAAAGUUCAGGGUGGCUUGACAUUAUUAGACAAUGUCUCCAAAAAGCAGUAGAGGUGGUUGAAUGUCUUGAAAAGGACAACACAAAUGUUCUUAUAACAGAGGAAGAGGGAACCGAUCUGUGCUGUGUGAUCUCCAGUCUGGUUCAGAUAAUGCUGGACCCUUAUUACAGAACACUGAUGGGUUUCCAGAGUCUGGUGCAGAAGGAGUGGGUGGCUGGUUGCCAUGCCUUCCUGGAUCGAUGUAAUCACCUCCAUCAGAAAGACAAGGAAUGUUAUUCUCCAGUCUUCCUCCUGUUCCUGGAGUGCGUGUGGCAGCUUGUUCAGCAGCACAGCCCGGCCUUCCAGUUCUCCGAGACUUACCUGACUGUGCUGUCCGACAGUGUUCACAUGCCAGUCUUUAGCACCUUUCUGUUCAACUCUGCCCAUCACAGAGAAAGUGUUUUGAAGGCAGAGUCACCGCUUGCACAAAGCAGCCCAUUGAGCUGCCCUACAGUGUGGGACUGGUCUGUGCAGUUUGACAGCAAGGCCCAGAAUUACUUCUUUAACCCUCUGUAUUCAGAAAAGGUGAAACAUGAGAAAGCUGUACGCAAACCUCACAAGCUCAAGCACCAAAGACAGUUAUCCUUACCCAGCACAGCUUUCAAAACCCCGUUCAAGAAAGGUUUCUUUAAGGACGAGACCGACAGCCUUAAAAAGAUGCUACGGGUGAAGCGUCUCAGUCGCUGGAUGGGCUCUCCUGACUCCACCGCUGCCAUCAGCCGAGAGUUCUACGAGUCCUGGCAGCAACGUCCUCUGGACUAUCACGGCCUCCUGCUCCCCUGUCUGGACGGGCCGGCUGUCCGCGUCUGGAUGCAGCGCUACCUGCGCUGGAUACCUGAGGUGCACAUUCUGGGAGGAGGCUCCGUGGCCGUCAUGACCAAGCUCAUGGAACUUCUAAGUCAGGUGCAGGAUCUGAAGCGUGUGCUGGAGCAAAGAGACUCAUCACAAGCUGCUAAACCUGAUCACCGUCCAUACAUUCAGCACCGGCUGCUGUCGUUCGGCUCCUCGGGACGAUUGCCAUCCUCAUUCCCCUUCGCUUACAGCCGCAACCGAUCUUUCAAGCCCAUCAUUCCUACAGGUCUGAUGCAGUGCCUUAUGUUAACUGACAGCCUAGCCAGUCAGGAAGAUGAGGCCAGUUCGUUUGUGAGUUUGGUUUAACAGAGAGCCUUUUUUCACCCAUAUGUUAAUAUCCGUCCAUAUAUUAUUAAAUUAUAAUAUUAUGAGGUAAAUACAGGAUUAUAGUGGCCUUGUCAGAUUUAAAUUAAGUGCUGAAAGUGCCUUUUGUGCUAAAGCGGGUCCUUUUGGAAAGUAAAACAGGUUUUUGUCAAACCACAUGUGCCCUACUGUAUUGAAAACAAAAUAUGAGCCUUCAGACAGGAUGUAAGUUCUUUUAUUUUUGAUGUUCUUAAUGGAACAGUACCUGGAGUUGUUCUCUUGCUCUUCACGAAACAGGAACCGGAUAUAGCCCUGAGCUUCCAGCCUUUCCACAGUGCAGUGUUACAUUAAAUCAUCACCAAGUAACAUUCCAUACAGUAUUCCAUUCCAGUGGUCUACGGAUAGAUGAGCUUAUCCUGAAUAAUAGCAACCGUUAUAAAGAGUUAUUAAUACAUCUGAUUUCCACACUUCUCUGACUCCUCACAUAUUAUAGCUCCUGAUUUACUCAGUGGUUUGUACAUGUCUCUGCAGUAUUUAAAGCAUGUUUUCAGCUUUCUCUGGCAGUUAAAAGUAUCCAAAGAAGGUUAGCCAAGGAAAAUAGAGUGGAGCCAUCUACAGGUAUAUUAUUGUUACUGCUGUAUAUAUAUAUAUAAUGGAAAAUCAUGGUAAACUGUAAGCCUUUGCUAAUAUAAUUGUUUAAACAUAAGCUAAUGUAAUUCUGUAUCUGCAUUUGUGCACAUUUUCUUUGCAGUACUACUGCCACAAAUCAACAGGCACUUCAUUAAAAAAAUGUGUUGUUCAAAUUGCAUGUAAAAUGUGAUUAAGCCAUGUAAGCUGAAAGCACUAAAGCACUGAGCUGUUAUUUGCUUGUAAAUGUGUGGAGAGCAGCAUUUUGUUUUUGUUUAUACCCCUUCCACCUAUGUUUUGCACUACUGCUCCUUGCCAGUCAAUCACUGUUACCUGAGUCAGCUGUAAAUCUGAUUCGGUUCACUUCAGUUCAGUACUUCUCUUGUGUAUAACAAGUGAUUUCAAGCUGGAUUUGAAACUUAUUACUGAAUAAUUGUUUUGUAUUUUUCUAUAACUAACUUCAGUGUUCAUAAUAUCAGAAUUUGGCCUUUAUUUUGGACCAUUGACUUCAAAAUGAUAAUUUUCAUGUGAAAGUAGCAUUAAAUACCUUUAUAUAUGCACUCAAAAAUAUGUCACUCUUUUUGUCCACAGAAUAUGAUUUAAAUAAAAGGCUAGAUCAAU